AUGGAUUUCAAGGGGCAACUGCUGGCAGAGAACCUCUAUUUUUACAUCGUUAUUUUGCUGGGGGCUGUGGGGUGGGUCGUCGGUUUCGUCAUGGGAGAUUUCAUGUACACGCUCGCGGGAUGGGGGGCCGGGAUGGCGCUGUCUAUGAUUCUUGUGGUGCCAGACUGGCCGAUGUUCAACCGUAACCCAACCAAGUGGUUGGACCGGUUGCCUCCGAGGGAAGGGGUCAUGCCCGUAGGAGCAGCAGCAGAGGACGAGGAGUAACCUUUUUGUGGUUGAUUGUAUUUUUGAGUGACCAACUUCUGAACGCAGGCAGCUUGGGUGGCGGGGCUUUCAGAAGUGGAGACUGAGGGCGGCGCGAGGGUCUAUGCUGCUAUGAAACGAACCGCAGGCGUGAAGCCCUCUCUUUGUACGUGUAAACCAUCCAUCAAACUCUAGGAACGCCAUGGGUGAAGUGGGGGCCCAUUUCGUCGAAUUUCCAAACAAGGCGGCCACAAAUCGAUCGUGGCUUGCAUUCGGCUGCCCCCUCCUCCAGCAUGGGAGUGGUGGGCCGUCGGCAUAGACGGGAAAACGUCGAGGCAAUACCGCGCGAGCAUACCGCAUUUUGUCUGUAACGGUUCCCCACAAGUUUUGGUCUAUAUAACGCCUUGCUUGGUCUAGGUGCGAACUGUCGACAAUACAUGAGCACGCUCUCCGUGUGGUCGGCGGAGAGCAGAAUCGAGCUGACUUCGGACGUCGUGAUUCGGAGGCGCGGGUUCGCUGCGCAAAUGACGAAAUGACUGUGGGGGGGGACAACUAGAGGCCCUGUUAGUUUCGUCAAUAUGGAAAAGGUGGGGCAUGGCCGUAACACAUUCUUCCUUUUUUUGUACCGAACACGCUCUUACUUCCCUUGUAUUGCAUUGUCUAAACGGACACACGCGAAAAACCCGCAUACGUCCAACAAUCAAAACAAAAUGACUCCAUCAAUAAGCUUUCACCCCCGAUGAGGCAGACCCUUGGAGACUAGUGAUGCCCAUUCGCGCGGUGGAAUUCCCUCCGGCGACCAUGCGUGCACAACUCUUUCCGGCAGUAGAGCUACGGCGGCACGAUGGCACUGCCUAAAAGUGGUUGCCAGACCUCCGAUGUAUGCAUAUGCAUACUUCCAGCGAGAGACAAAGGGUCAUACAGCUUCCGUCGGCACGGAGCUGUUGUGAAACCCCACGCCCACCGCCC